AUGGCGAGCUUCUUUCGGAACCCGCUCGGGCGGCAGCCGGACCGGCUCCAUCUCGUGCUCGGUUACCACGGCUACGUCCACGGCGAGACCCCGGACGCGCCGCCGAAGCCCGAGGUCGCGGACCUCGCGAUCGACUGGGAGCCCGGGGAGGAGACGACGGCGUCGCUCUCAGAUCGAAUGCGACGCGGACAGGACGAGACGCGCGAGCGCUUCGACGUCGUCGGCCAGCGCGUCGCGCUGACCCUCGCCGUCGACGAAUCCCUCGCCGCCGCGGGCGCCGACGCGCCGUCUUCCGACGCCGCGACGACGACGACGACGACGACGCCGGCGGGGUCCGACGGAGGCGCGGGCGGGAUGACGUCGCAUCAGAGGACGAGCAGCGGCACGCUGUUCGGAGGGGUGUUCGGAGGGAUGAGCUCGAGCGCGAACCUCGCGUCGUUCCUGUUGGGCGGCGGCGGGAGCGGGAGCGGGAGCUGGAGCGCGAGCGCGAACGCCAGCGGCGAGGGGUUGGACGAGUCUGACGCGAAGGCGGCGUCGCCCGCGCCCGCGUCCGGAGUCUCGCCCUCGGAGCGGCCGCGAGGCCCCGUUUUCGUUUCCCUACUCGUGGAGGACGUCGCGCCGCGGCUCAACGCGUUGACGGUCGACUUCGAGAACAACAGCGGCGCGACGUCGCCGCCGUCGCAGCUCGCGGACGCGAUGAAGACGCUGCCGCUGGCCGAGAUCCGCGAGCUCGCGCUCAGGGGGGAGGGCGUCCUCCACCGGCUUCUGGCGGAUCACAGAGCGAGCUGGGCGGGCGUCGCGCGUCUGGACUUGUCGUUCGCCGGGCUGUCGACGGCGCCGGAGGAAAUUUUCAACCUGACGCGACUCACCGAGCUCGUCUUGGAUAACAACAAGCUGACGGCGCUGCCGAGCCUGACGAGACUCGCGAAGCUGCGCGUGCUCAGCGCGAACAAUAACGCGAUCGCGUCCGUGCGCGCGGACGUGCACGAGCUCAAAGACUUGAGGGUCAUCUCCCUGGAAGGGAACAGACUCACGAAGCCGGUGAUUGACUUUCGGGCGCUCGCGAAGGUGCACACGCUUCGGCUGUUCGAGAACCCAAACUUGGAGUACCUCCCGGAAAUGCACCACGCGCUCAAGCUGCGAAACCUGUCGCUGUUUAACGUGCGGAUAUCCGCGGACGAGGGGUUGAACGCCGUGGACGUCGCGAUCGACGAGGGCGAAAACGUCGGCGUCAUCUCCUCCACGUUCGGCGGCGGCGUCGCUCGAACGGGGAGCAAAGCGUACGCAGCGUUCUUCGCGCUCAUCUUCCGUCACUCGUCGUGCCAGCACCCGCUGAUCGCGACCGCGAUCGCGGAGAUCGCGUCGAAGGACAAAGCGAACUGCGCCGUGAUCGCGGCCACGGAAGGCGGCGUGCAUCAGCUCCUGAGCAUGGUCGCGGCGUCCGACGUCGGCGUCGUGACGCAGGCGACGCGCGCGCUCGGCGAGCUGUGCCGCGACCCGAAGCUCGCGAGGAAGCUCGUCGACGCCAAGGCGCUGCAGCGCGCGACGGGGAUGAUCUCCGACGCGAGCACGACCGCGGUGCAGAUCUGCGGCCUGCGGAUGUUAUCCAACCUCGCGUUCGCGUCCGAGCCGAUAUCGCGCGAGCUCUUCAGCGAGACGCUGCUCGAUCGGCUCAUGCGUCUCGUCCGCGACGGGCGCGACGACGACGUCCGCGCGCGCGGUCUGGAGGCGAUGGGUAACCUGGCGUUCGAGCGGUCGAACCGGAGGGCGAUCGCGAGGUACGCGCGCGCGCUGUUGUCGUCGUACGCGCUCGGAGAGGACGAGCGGUCGAACGACGCGGGGGGGGCGGGUUCGGACGCGGGCGCGGGUUUGGAUUUACGCGCGAACGGGAGGAAACCGCCGGCGUGGGGUCAGAAGGCGACGCCGCCGUCGACCGCGGGCGCGCAGCACCCGGAGGUGAAGCGGAUGGCGACGCGCGCGCUCGCCAUCUUGGGCGAGAACGAGCUCGUUCGAAGGGCAACGGGCGCGCGCGCGGUCGUCGGACGCGGCGUCAGGAUACUGUGCAUGGACGGCGGCGGCAUCAAAGGCUUCGCGACGAUUUCCAUGUUGCGACGCCUCGAGGAGGGCACGGGGAAGAGAGUGCACGAGCUGUUCGAUCUGAUUUGCGGCACGAGCACGGGGGGCAUCCUCGCCGUCGGCGUCGGCGUGCACAAGCACUCGCUCGAGCGGUGCAGGGAGCUGUACCGCGAUUUGGGGACGCGCAUCUUCAGCGCGCGCGACGACGCGAGCGAGCCGCAGAGCUCGUGGAGGGACCGGCUGGAUAAUUUAUACGCCGGCGGGCAGCAGGCGUGGCGGCUCGGCGUGCACGGGAGCAAACACGACGCGACGCUGUUCGAGACGCUCGUGAAAGAAGAGUGCAAGAUGCCGACGCCCGGCGACGCGACAGGGAGAGGGGAGAAGCGGCACUACACGUGGGUGGACACCGGGGUGAUGCACCCGGGACCGAAGGUGUUCGUCGUCUCGACGCUCGUGUCCGUGUCCCCGGCUGAGCCGUUUUUGUUUCGCAACUACCAGUACCCGCAGGGGAUCGACGACGACGCGGACGACGGCGUCGACGCGGACGGCGGCGCGCAUUCGAAGAGGGUGAACAUCCUGGGCAGCUGCAAGAACACGCUGUGGGAGGGCGUGCGCGCGUCGUCCGCGGCGCCGUACUACCUCGCGGACUUUUCCCUCGGCGACGAAAAGUGGCAAGACGGCGCGGUGACGUGCAACAAUCCGAGCGUGUUGGGCAUCAUGGAAGCCAGGAGGCUGUGGCCGGAUAAACCCAUCGACGUCCUCGUGAGCAUAAGCAGUGGGAACGUCGCGCCGAAGACGCGCGACGCGUCGUCGCUGUCGCUCAUGACGCUCAGAAACGUGCUCAUGGAGAGCAGCUGCGACGUCGAUCGCGUCGACGACUCGCUGCGCACGCUCCUGCCGCUCGUCCCCGGGGCGAAGUACUUUCGGUUCAACCCGAUCGACGACCGGUGCGGGAUGGAGUUGGACGAGACCGACCCGGUGAAGUGGCAAGGUCUCUCGGACGCGACGGACGCGUACAUCGCGCGCGAGGACGCGAUGUUCCGCGACGCGUGCGACGCGUUGGGAGGCCGCGGCGGUGAUGGCGACGGUAAUAGCGGCGGGGGCGGCGGUAAUCGCGCGAACGUCGUCGCGCACGCAGAGAUCGGCACGCGACGCGGGUUGCUCCUCGUGGAAGCGCCGAGGGUGCCGGAGGAGAUCUGCGCGAGCAGCGGCUCCGUCGCCGCGUUUUGCAACACGCGGUCGAUCCCGUUCGAGCGCCUGGACACGACGAAGACGAAGGACGUCGCGGCGAUCGGGGGGGACGCGUCCGGGGCGCGCGCGCUUCGCGCCGCCGCGCGAAAGUUCAGCGAUCAGAUGGGCGUGAUUCACUUCAACACCCUGUGCGACGCGACCGGGAUCGUCUUGCGGUGGAGGACGGACGUCACCGCGAUCGCGGAGCCGUCCGUCGUCGCGUCCGCGUUCGUGGCGUCCGCCAACCGAGCGUUGAACGGGGACGACUCGGACGACGUCCCCCGGACGCCUCCUCCUCGCGCGACGCCGACGAAGCGACGCUCGAAGCGGCGAUACGAGACCCUCCACGACGUCUGCGCCGGAAAGUCGCGCGUCGAGGUCGACGGCGUCCUGCACACGGUGCUGGGGAAGCACCUCCAUCACAACCGCGGCGGCGGCGACGGCGACGAGGGAGGAGACGUCGGCGCGUACAUCUUCCGCCGGUCGUUGCCGGCGGAGUACGUCGACGCCGCCGUCGCGGAGGACGUCGCCGCGUUGUGGCGGGAAAAGAUCGUGGUGUCUUCCUCCGCGCUCCCGGACGACAUCGUGCGCGCGUUGCUCGACGCGGACGCGAAGGUGGUCGUGUCCCCGAGCUUCGAGGAGACGUGCGGCGGCGGCGUCUGCGGCGGCGGCGUCUGCGGCGGGAGUUCGAUUUCGAACGCCGGGGAGAGAGACGAGGGGGGGCUCGAGGAUUUUUUCAACGCGUUUUAUCACGCGUUGUACGUCGUCGGCGCGGACGCGGUCGCCGCGUUGGGGGCCGCGGUGCUCGUGCGACCGGGGUGCGGUAGGUUUCGGUGUCACAUGAAGAUACGCGGGGUCGUCACGACGUUGAAAGCGGGCGACGACGAUUUAUUGCCGAGCGAGAGCGACGACGACGAGGAAUAUGCGAGUUGAAAAGUGUGAAGUUAGCUUCCUUAUUACAAUUUCAGCGUGUGUGCUUG